GGACCGCGGGCGCGCGUGGCGCAUGGUGGCGGCGGCUCCGAGCGAUCGGAGCGCAGCCGACCCGCUGACCCGAGAGCUCCGCGUUCCUUCUGUCCAGCGGGGCCAGCCGGAGGCCGAAACAGCAGCAAAACCUCAGCAGCAGCAACAGCAGCAGCAGCAGCAACAGCAGCAGCAGCAGUAACAGCAGCAGCAGCCACCGUCUCCAAAGGAGCAUGGAGUGCGCCCUGGACGCCCAGAGCCUCAUCAGCAUCUCCCUGCGCAAGAUCCACAGCUCCCGGACCCAGCGCGGCGGCAUCAAGCUCCACAAGAACCUCCUGGUGUCCUACGUGCUCCGCAACGCGCGCCAGCUCUACCUGAGCGAGCGUUACGCCGAGCUUUACCGGCGCCAACAGCAACAGCAGCCGCUGCCACAGCACCAGCCACCCCAUCACCAUCACCAUCACCAUCACCACCAGCUCCAGCAGCAGCAGCAGCAGCAACACCAGCACCACCUCGCCUACCUCGCCGUGCCGCCGUCGCCGCCACCGCCACCGCCGGGCAUGCCGCCGGCCAGCGCCGACUUCGGCUCGCUCCAACUUGGAGGCGGUGGUGGAGACGCGGAGGCGCGCGAGCCCCCCAUCCGGCAUCACCAUCACCAGCUGCAUCAGCUGCAUCACCAGCACCAUCAGAACCAGCACUCGGCACCCAGGGGCUGCACGGCGGCUGCAGCAGCGGCAGCGGCGGCGGCGGCCACCGGAGCGCACUUGGAGGUGCCCGGGUGCGCCGCGCUCCAGCCGCCUCUCCAAGCUCUUCAUCGCGGGGCUCCCCCAGCCUUGGAGACGCUGCAACCCGGCCCUGCGCCGCCCCACCAGCUUGCCGCCCCUUGCACCUCCACCGUGUUGGGCCAGCAGCGGGACCCGCGCGCCCCGGUGGCCGGCUGCUCCGCGCCCUCUGCGUCCUCCUCGGCGCCUUUGGGGACCUCCACCUCUUCCUCCACCUCCUCCUCCUUGCCCGGCUUCUAUCGGGGUGCCUACCCGGCCCCCUCGGACUUCAGCCACUGCAGCAGCAGCCAGACCACCGUGCUGGACCUGGACACUCACGUGGUGACCACGGUGGAGAACGGCUACUUGCACCAGGAUUGCUGCGCCUCCGCCCACUGUCCCUGCUGCGCCCUAGGCGCACCGGGACCCGGCCUGGCUGCUGCUUCUUCGGUGGCCGCCAACGCCGGCUGCAAGCGCAAGUACUACCCGGGCCCCGAGGACGAGGUGGAGGACGACGAGGAGGAGGAGGACAACGACGACGACGCGGGUGACCUAGGGCCCGAGCCCCCCGGGGCCGCCCCGUGCAAGCGCGCCCGCUUCGAGGACUUGCACCCCGACGCGUCGUCCCCGGACGCGCCCAACAUCUCCAACUUAAUCUCCAUCUUCGGCUCCGGCUUCUCCGGCUUGGUGAGCCGACAGCCGGACUCUUCGGAGCUGCAGCAGCCGCCCCAGCAGCAGUCGCAGCCGCCGCCGCCGCUCAACGGGCAGCUGUGCGCCAAGCAGGCGCUCGCCAGCCUCGGCGCCUGGACUCGAGCCAUUGUCGCCUUCUAAAAAAAAAAAAGAAAAAGAAAAAGAGGGGACCCCCCCCCG